AUGAAGGGAAACGUCGGGGAAAAGUAUGCAGGGCGUGCAUAAAAGGGUUUCAGCAGCUGACAGCGCGUCUAACGUCCAGGGGCUCGGCUCAGAAUGAUUUAUUGAAAGGGGCACUUUGAGAUAUGAUGAGGUUUUUCUCUGGUUGGCAAUAGUACUAUGAUUUGGUAUGUGGCCACUUUGAUAGCAAGUGUAUUCAGCACCCGAGGAACGGCUGCUCAAGGUGCCCACGGAGUCAGAGAGGAGCCCCAGUUUGUGACGGCCCGCGCUGGGGAGACCGUGAUUCUGGGAUGUGACGUGGCCCACCCACUCAACGGCCAGCCCUACGUGGUGGAGUGGUUCAAGUUCGGAGUGCCCAUCCCCUUCUUCAUCAACUUCCGCUUUUACCCUCCCCAUGUGGACCCCGAGUAUGCCGGUCGAACCAGCUUGCAUGGCAAGUCAUCUCUUCGCAUCGAGAGGGUUCGAUCUGAAGACCAGGGCUGGUACGAGUGCAAGGUCCUGAUGCUGGAACAACAGUACCACACCUUUCACAACGGGAGCUGGGUGCACCUUACAGUCAACGCUCCCCCAACAUUCACGGACACGCCGCCGCAGUAUGUGGAGGCCAAAGAGGGGGGCAAAAUCACUCUGAGCUGCACGGCCUUCGGAAAUCCCAAACCUUCGGUCAGCUGGCUCAGGGAGGGAGAGCCCAUUAAGGACAGUAGCAAGUACAAGGUGAGCGAUGGCAGCCUGACGCUCUUUUCUAUCAACCGUGAAGACAGGGGAGCCUACACAUGCCGAGCCUACAGCGAGCAGGGAGAGGCCGUCCAUACCACGCGCUUACUCGUCCAAGGACCCCCCUUUAUUGUCUCGCCUCCCGAAAACAUAACCGUAAACAUAUCCCAGGAUGCAUUCUUCACCUGUCAGGCUGAGGCAUAUCCUGGCAACCUAACGUACACCUGGUUCUGGGAGGAAGAUAACGUCUUCUUCAAGAAUGACCUGAAGCGCAGAGUGAGUAUUCUAAUAGAUGGUUCGCUCAUCAUCUCCCAGGUGAAGCCUGAGGAUGCUGGGAGAUACACCUGCAGCCCCAGUAACAGUCUCGGCCGCCCACCCUCUGCAUCAGCAUACCUGACAGUGCAUUACCCUGCCCGCGUGGUAAACAUGCCGCCCGUUAUCUACGUGGCCAUCGGACUGCCGGGGUACAUCCGCUGCCCGGUGGAUGCUAACCCGCCUGUCACUUCAGUGAAGUGGAAAAAAGACGGCCUGCCUCUGAGGAUAGAGAAGUAUCCUGGUUGGAGCCAAAUGGAAGAUGGGAGCAUUCGAGUGUCAGAGGUGACAGAGGACUCUCUCGGCACCUACACCUGUGUGCCUUACAAUACCCUCGGUACCAUGGGACAGUCCCCUCCCGCCCCUCUGGUGCUAAAGGACCCACCUAAAUUUAUGGUGGUUCCUGGAGGGGAGUACAGGCAGGAGGCUGGACGAGAGCUGGUCAUCCCCUGUGAGGCAGAAGGAGACCCAUUCCCCAACAUUACAUGGAGAAAGGUAGGGAAGCCAAGCAGAGGGAAGCACAACGUCCUAUCGAGAGGCAGCUUACAGUUCAAAUCCCUCAGCAAGGAGGACCAUGGGGAGUGGGAGUGUGUAGCCUCCAACGUCGCCACGAGCAUCACUGCCAGCACGCAUCUCCUAGUAAUCGGCACAAGCCCACACGCCCCCACCAAUGUCCGUGUUACGGCCUCGGCGACCUCGGCCAACGUCUCGUGGGUUCCCGGUUACGACGGUGGCUUUGAGCAGACAUUCUCAGUCUGGUACGGCCAUGUGGUUAAGAGGGAACAGUUAGGACCGCAUGACUGGCUGUCCACGACUGUGCCCAGCGGGCAGCCCUGGCUCACAGUGCAAGGCCUGGAGCCCGAGACGGCCUACCAAUUCAGCGUCCUGGCCCAGAACAAGCUGGGGACGGGACCCUUCAGCGAGGUCGUCACUGUGAACACACUAGUAUUUCCUAUAAGUACUCCAGAACCACUGGUGCUGCUUACCCCACCACGGUGCCUCACAGCCAACCGGACACAGCAGGGAGUCCUACUCACAUGGAUCCCUCCAGCCAAUCACACGUCCCCAAUUGAUCAUUACAUCAUGGAGUUCCGCCUAGGGGAGAGGUGGGAUGUUCUUGAUGAUGCAAUCCCUGCUGGAGAGACAGAGCUUUUGGCUAGAGACCUGGUUCAGGAGGCCUGGUAUGAGUUCAAAGUCAUGGCAGUUAUGAAUGACCUCAUCAGCGAGGCCAGUAAUGUAGUUGGAGUCUCCAGCACAGACUAUUUUCCCCCUCCUGAGGUGCCAGAAGAGGGGCUGGCGCGGCCAGUGGUGGCAGGCAUUGUAGCCACCAUCUGUUUCCUAGCAGCAGCAAUCCUCUUUAGCACACUAGCGGGCUGCUUCGUCAACAAACAGAGACGACGCAAACUGAAGAGGAGACGAGAUCCCCCUCUGUCUAUAACACAUUGUAGAAAAAGCGUGGAGACUCCGAGUCCACUUACACCACUGCCUGGCAUUGAACCCUACAGGGAAGGGCAGGAAAGGAGCAGCUACAGGCCCUCGCCCUCCAGUCCUCUGUCAUCUUCUGGAAAGAUAAGUCCAGAAAGUGUCCGCUCCAUGGGACCACCUUCAGAGUCUUCGGAGGAGGGUUUACGAGCUAAGAAGGUGUCUCAAAGUCCUGCGAAGGAGAAGGAGAUGUCCUUAUACAAGAAGACCAAGAGAGCAAUAAUAAGCAAGAAAUACAGCGUUUCUAAACACGAGGCGGAGGCCACCACGCCAAUUGAAUUGAUCAGCCGUGGUCCAGAUGGUCGAUUUGUUAUGGAACCAACAGAUACGGAGACUCCGGUUAAGGCACGGCGCAUCGAAGGCUUCCCCUUCGUGGAGGAGUCUGACCUGUACCCUGAAUUUCGACAGUCAGAUGAGGAGAAUGACGAUCCGGGGCCCAUGCCACCUAUGAUGGCCACCCUCAGACCCCAUCAGAUCUCCCCCAUCUCCUCCAGUCAGGAGUCUUACCUGCAGCCUCCGGCCUACAGUCCCCGCUUCCAGAGGCCCAUGGAAGGCAUGACUAUAAUGGAGACCAGUCGACUCCAGGCUACAGGGCAGAUUCGCGGUGCUUCUCACUUCCGAGCCUUUUCCCAUGGCCAGUUCUACAGCUAUUUGGGAAGUCCAGGGGAACCUGAGCCUCCACCACCCUUCUACAUGCCCGAAACCAGCCCCCUCAGCUCAGUAAUGUCAUCACCCCCUUAUCACUUGGAUGGCCGCUUUGGACAUCCUACCAUCCCAGAGGAAAUCGGUGAGGGAGAAAUUCAGCAUUAUGCAGUCUCUGGCUACACCCUUCCCCUGGCGCACCCUUCCUCCUCACGCUCUCCAGACAUCUGGCAACGACCCGAAUUCUCCUUUGCCACAAUAGAGGGCCCUCAUUUUAUUUUUCCACCCCCACACCCUUUGCACCUUCACCCAGAACCUCCCCUCCCUCCCCCUCUUGUUCUUCCUCCUAGUGCCCUCCAGCCCUCCACCCUCCAGGUAUCUCCUUACCCUGGUAUCCUGCAGCUGGAGGCCCCAAAGAGCCGCCCUGGCAAGUCUCCCAGCAAGGUCAAGCCUCAGGGCCUUCCAGCCAAGCGUUUACCUAUGCAAGAGGCACAGAGUCUGGGGCAGCUAAGACACACAAGCCACGGUAUGGGUGUACCGGUAUUGCCUUACCCUGACCCAGUGUCUCACAUGGUUGGCCCGAGCUCAUUCGGAAGCCUGGACACCCGGUGGUACGAGCUGAGACCCAGGCUUAGCCCUAGGCAGCCCCGUAGGAUGGAGCCUAGCAUGGUCGUUCUCCAGCCAUCCCGCCUCUCACCUCUAACUCAGAGCCCUAUUAGCUCUCACGAAGGCUCACCAGAGAUUGUAGUGCGACCCAGGCCCCGCCCCAGUGUUGCUCAACCCUCGAUUCCUCCUGAGAUGUCUGAGAUCACCCUCCAACCUCCAUCUUCUGCCAGCUUCUCUAGGAGGUCCUCCCCCUCCUCGUCUCCUGCUCAAGGCCAGGGGAACCGGAGGGCAAGUCCCAACUACCGAUCUCACAUGGCGUUUGCCACCUCAGCAGCAAGCUAUCCGUCACAGUCCCCUUCACCUCCUGUAGAAAGCAGCAACAUAUUUGUGCAGAUGCCGACCCAGAGGAGGACUGAGGAGGAGAUCCUACCAUCAGAACCCUCUCCACCACAGUUAUCAGCUUCAGGAAAACGUCGAGGUGCACCAAGUGGCUCUGCAGGGUCUGAGAGGAUAGAAGCACUCAGAUAUCAACGAGUGAAAAAAGCCAAGAAAGUGGGAAUCAACAAUAACAACUCCAAGAGCAGACACAAUAUGGUUGUGCCCGCCUCUCAGACCCAGCAGCCCCACACCUCUCAGGUCCUCCAGCCAGAAGAAGCUCUCUACCUCCGCAAGAAAAAGAAAAAGUUGACCCGCCAGGACCCGUACACCCGCUUCUCCGCUCUGCUGUACCGUCGCCCAGCCCGAGAAGACCAGAAGGCCAUUUUGGCAAGCAUGGACACUGCAGACCCAGACCAUGCCACUCUUCUUUAAAGUCCAAACAGAGAACAGGCCACACUCUCCCCAAACUCUGAGCUCCUUCAACCUUUGCUCAGCUCACCCAACCCAUUCACACCUGACUUCAAUGGUUUUUCCUCUUCUCUGUUCCUUUACACUUACCGUGUCACAACGUAAUGCUGGUUGCAAACAUCGCAAGGUUUUGCUUCUGUACAUUUACCUUGAAUUGGUCAUUUUCAGCAGCUUUAGCUUAUCUUUGGGAUUUAGUUUCUCAACACAUGGUUGUCAAGCCUCUCUUUCAUUCUGCAGGCCGUCUCAAUUAUAUCUCACAAGGUUCUCAAAGUUAGACUGGAUAUACCUCAGAUUUACCUAAUAGUGCUGACAAACACGUUGUUGUUUUUUUGUUGUGUUUAUAUAUAUAUAUAUAUAUAUAUAUAUAUAUACAUAUAUAUAUAUAUGUAUAUAUACCACAAUGCAUAUCUUCAACAUAAUUUGCAUGAACGAUUGAUGUUGAUCUAGAAAUGAAUUUGCAUUCAUUGCAUUAUCGAUGUUUAUAAGGCAUCAUGACAUGACAUAAACAUGUUGCGUUGUUCUCUACUCACACACUAACACUCUGUCUAUUUGCUCCCUCAAAGAAUACUGUAUAAUGAAAUGACAACAGUUUUCUUAUUUGAGGAAAUAUUGAAAUACUCUUUUACAAAGCACAACGAUUCUGUUCAGGUUGCAGUUAUGAAAGAGAUAGGGUUGCAGCCAUUAGAGAAACCAUUAAAAAAUGAUUUAUUAUUGUACUGAUCUUGUUAUAAACAUGUAUAUCAUGUACAUGCUGCUGUAUUCUUUAAAAUCUUUUCAACACAAAUUUGCACUGGAGCAAAACCUUGGUGCUGUGACAUCUUUCUAGCCAAACACACUUCUCUUGGUUACCCAGCCCUAUUCACAAAGUACUAUAGUAAUGCCAAAAAUACGACAGCUUCCUUAAUCUAUAGACAAUAAGUGUACUGUACUAUGAGGAGGAUAGGGUUUUGUGCCAUAAUAUACUAUAGUAUUUUUGUCAUCAACAUGCGAUGCCCCCCUGACAUUAAGAAAGGCAUGUCGGCCUUAAUAGGGCUUCUGAAUGCUUGUUCCUGUUACAUUUGUUUGCGUUUGAUUGAACAAAAAGAUUAAAUUUACUGCCUUUGUAGGCCAUUUUAGAGCCUUUGGUUUUUUGGUUCAACCAGAAACAGCAACCCAGCACCUGUUUCUCUACUCUUUGAAGACCCUCGGGUGGACCCUCUUUGGGAUGAGAGGGCUAAUCCCAGUGGCCAAAGGUUUCUAUUGUGUUUCUUUCAUCCAACGGUGCUUCUUUUCUACAGAUUGACAUGUAUUUUCACUGUUUUACCAGACGUAACUGGGCAAAUAUACAUGUAGUGUGCUAAGGAGGAUGUUACGGCCGUCAGGUGACCAGUGGCAUGAUCUGUGUCUCAUCACUCGUACAGAUGUGCUUUUAGCUCAGUGGUGGGCUUUUAGAUUUGAAUUGUCUAGAAAUGCUCGCGAAAUCGCUGAAUGGUAUAUAUAAAUUCGGUAUAAUAUAAUCUUAAAAAAGGAGAUUAUGGGUUUAGAGUGCGUGGUUCAUGGCUAAGCCCCUCCCAAUGGCCAAUCUCCACAUUCAAGGCAUUUUUAAAGCCUGCAUAAGGUGCUAUCAAAAGUCUUCAGACUGUACUUAAUAUUUCUUUAUGUCAUUUGUCCGAUCUUCCAGCAGAUAAUGGCUGCUGCUUAUCUCCUGAACACCUCAGUAUUUGAUGUUUUAGGAUUUCAACACCAUCCUGCAUCUGUUAUUGAUAAGCCUUCCGCUGUCUGCUGCGGCGUCUUGUGAUGUCAUCAGUCGAUACAAACAUUCAUACUUGACUUGCUGAACGUUAGCCAAUAUCAGUCCGCGUUUAUGUUCUUAGAAUUUAGAAGUGGAAGAACCAGUUGUUAAAGGGAAGUGACAUCAUAUCUCGAUUAGAGUUCAGAACUCGCAUGCGAUGAAGAUGCGGUUUCAUUUGUUGUUGAUUAUGUUUUGUUACAGUCAGGAUGUACUGUAAUCUCCGCUUGUGUAAGAACAGCGCUUUAAGUGCUCCUUGUUAGGCAUCAUAAUAAAGAGAAAUUGCCUUGGAUCAAGUGAUUUGAUUUUCAAAAAGUGAUAAUCCAUUUUCAGCUUUAAGAGAUUCUGAGUGUGUUUAUAUUUAGGAUUGUGGUAUGAGAGCUGUUGAGAUCCUCCAACCAGUUGUGUGUAGUGUUAUGUUAAUGGCUUUACAUUUCGAGCAAAGAUUGUUUAUUUUCAAUUGUAUUUUCAUUUGUAAUUCAAAUAACUUAUCCGAUAAAAUGAGAUGUACCUACUGAAGUUAGGUACUUUGUGUGUGUGACAACACGCUGUUAGAUAGAAAGAUGCGACUGAUCAUUGUGUUCAGUUCAGAGAUGUUCUUAAAGUAUUUUUGAUCCAUUUCACUUGGCAAUUGUCAAAUAUGGUGCUUUCUAAAAGAUAUACAACUAUUUAAUUACCUUAAUAUCGUGUUCCUUUUUUAUUUGACGCCUUCAUACGAAAGAGUAAUAUCAAAAUGAACAUCCAAAAUGCUAGGAAUGUACUGUAAUAUUUGAAACUGUAUAUAAUAUAAUAGCAUAUAUUGCACAAUGUAUUAUAAAAUUUUAGUAAUUUUGAAUAAAUUGGCCAAUAUAUGCACGCAACAGACUAUAUUGAUAUAAAACAUAUUGUCAUAUUUUGGAUUCAGUUUUCUAUCGCUACCCGUCUGUUACUUUUUCACGAGGGUUGAGAUGCAUGAGAGCAUUUUUGAGCCAAGAGAGCUUUACUUGAUGUAAAUGUAUCGGUCCGUCUCGCAUUCACUUUCACUUUGAAUUUGCAAGUUUAACAAUUCUUUUGUCAGUUUCUAUUAAAGAACCAACAGAGAACAGUUUACUAUGUCUUACAGGUUGAAAAGAUACCAGUCUAGCUCAAAUUCGGGUGACUUUCAGUUUUGAACCUGUAGCAUCAACUGUUAAACAGAUUAGCUAUUUUUAAAGAGCUGUUUUUGGGAUUUGGGGCGGUAAAUUAAUGCUAAAUUGACACGGCUCAUAGGCGAUGUAAGAUGAGGUUCUUUGUAAGAUUCUUGAGCUUGAUGAAAUGAACCUUUAUAUUUCGGUAGCAUUAUAGCCGUGGUAGAGAUUCAUUCAAACAUUAUUUGCAUUAUUUAUUUUACUCUACCAAUUUUAUGUCAUUUAUAUCUACACAUGGAUUAAAUGUAAUGUUACUUUCAUCAAUACAUCUCAAGAUACACAUUUAUCAUUACAAAUCAUUUUUGAGGUGCAUCAUUUUUAAUAAAAACAUCUUAGAAAAUCUUGGAUUCUUUGUUUUGUUCCUUUGUUUAUGAACAUUUUGCAGUUUUUGAUCUUUUCAUUUGUUUCCGAUAAAACAUUUUUUAUAUGUUUACAUCAAACUUGGCUAGUAUUUAAAUAUUACAUCUUUAUGGAAAGAAUGAAGCUCUACACAUAAGUAAACGGUUUUUAGACGAUCCAUAGAUUAUUUUGUUGCAGAUGAUGUUACAGGUUGUAAAUUCAACAACACAAUGUUUAUAUCCAGUCAGAGCAGGACAGCCUCAAUAUUUCAGAUGAAGGUGUAGACCUGUCAAAUUGUUCUUAGGCUUUUGUAAGGCUAACCUUUGUUGUAUUAGACACAUGAUUACAUAAUGAGUAGUGAAUAGAUUUUGUAUUUAUUAUCUUUUUAGCAUGAUUUUGCUGAAUGUUAUGUAAUCACAGCAUGGGUGCAAAGAGACGUUGUGACUUUCUUCUUUUCUUUCAUUCUUAAAAAAAGCUUUUUUGUUAAUAGUUUAUUUUUCCUCAACAAUUUAUAAUGCAUCAGACAUGAAAGGGUAUUCCAGAAAGAAAACUGCCAACUCAACCUCUCCAAGGCACCAUUUAACAGAGGUUUUAACACCAUUAAGUCUAAAUAACGUUAUUAUUCACUCUAAUGAUGAAACAGUGCCAUGAAAACGCAUAAUGUAUGGCAGCUGAAUAGAACGAUGACAUUAACUCCCUGUCAUAUUUAAAGUAAAGGUGACACCAACUAAAUACAUUGCGCAUUCAACAUAUUUAAGCAUUACCAAAUCAAAUAGUCUAAGUUAGUGAUAGUGGCUUUAUCAGAAUCUCAAAGACUAGAAAGCGAAAGUGUUUAUUUAUGACAAAUGAUAUAGCCAUGUGCAAAUCUACAGCUGACCCCAUUUGUUAAACAAACUAAUGUACAAGUUAACCUCUCAAAAUAUAACCUCUUUAAGUACAUCAGGGAUACAAAAAGCAUAAGAAUUAACAUGCUGCUCAUAGUUUUGGUAUACUCCACAGAGAGAGAGAGAGAGAGAGAGAGAGAGAGAGGAGAGGGAAUGAAUCAGCACAAUGGAUAGGAUGAGAGUAUGCGGAGGUUAUGUCCUCACAUGGCCUAGAAAACAGAUUAUCAGGAUACCAGCUCCACAGCAGACACACACAUAUAACAACCACAAGGUGUAAAUAUAGAGUGCAAAUUGUGCAAUAUAUAUUUUUUGUAUAUGAGAAUAUGUGGUACAUUGUGGCUGUUGAUGGAUGAGUCACAAAAUGGUCUGUCUCAGUGGUCUAUACAAACACGUAGCAAGCCUUCACUUUCAAUGAUCUAUAAUGUGAAUGACACAACUGUUACAGUCGGGAUAAAAUAAAAUAGAGCGAUUUAAUGUUACACGUGCUAUUAGAAUUGCAAACCAAAGUGGAUGGUGUUAUCUUCUGAGAUUUUCUGUGUCCAUUUCCUUGUGACCCACAUCUCUAGUUUAAGCAAUACAAACAUAUUCUCUCAUGCCUUGUUUACUUGGAUUGCAACCGCUGACAAUUAAAUAAGGUGCUUAUAUUAAAGUGAAGUUUCUGCUCAUUUGUUACAUUUUGAUUUCAUUUUUAGGAGAAUUGUAGGUGCAUGUUCGGAAUAUUAUUUAAAACAUGAUUCAUUACGGUCAUAUUCGCUCUUUUUUUUCUUUUCCGAAAUAGACAUUUGAUUAUAUAAUAUGAACAUGUGGGCUAUGUGGAAUACAUUGACUGUCGGUGUGCAUCAUAAUUUUGGCAGACGUCUGUCACACAACAGAACUGUGCACAUUAUACACAGACUUGUAACAUGAAUAUUGAUUGUGUCUGUGUGAUGCAUGUCUUACAUGCAGUUCAAUAUACCUGCAAAGAGUUCUUUCUUUACGUUCUAAACUAUCAUGACGUUGUCUAGCUACAGUGCUGUUUGGCCGAUCCAUACAAGAUCUCUGCGUCUUGUGUCUCAUGACUACAAUGGCGUUUGGUGGUAUGUAGCAGGGGUUGGGUUGUAUACACCUCCAAUAUGUAUAGCAGCACAGUCCAAGAUAUAUGUAUUCUGUAUUCUUAUAGUCGACAGACUGAACCAGUAGAAAUAUUUUGACAGUGUACUCUAUGUAUAAAUAAACAGAUAUUUAUAGUUACGUAAUGAAGGAAAAUUGGGGGAUCUUUAAUUUUUUACUGCGAGAAAAACGAAGAAGAUAUGUUCAGAGUUAGCUGUCUUGUUUAUGGAGAUAUAUAUGUUCUUUCUGCUGUUAGAGGCUCAUGGUAGCGAGGUGUGGUGAUUAGCAAACUAGCAGAUGAUGCAAACCGCUUUUCUAGUAGGUAUUCUAACAAUCACAGUAACCUUUUCUAUAGACCUCAGUGUGGUGUGUAAGCAGCCAUACCAUUUAACAUAUCAUGACUUGGUGCUAUUGCUGAUCUGUUUUGUGGUCCAGACCAGACGUUUCUCACCACUGAACAAAAUUUCCUGUAGAAGUUGUAAACUCGAGUGAGAAAAUUCAUACGUCAUGCUACAUGAAUGUGCUACCAAAAACCUAUAAGGCUUAGAAAAUACAGAACUGGUUAUGAAAAUAAAUUAGGUCUUUAGGAGGUUAUUAUAGCUACAAUGCAAAAUAUGUUGGGCAUUUUUUAUAUUUGGCUGUCAAUUUAGUUUCCAAUCAUUGCAUCUAUUGUAGUGCUAGCGAUCAACAUUUGGGCUGUUUAUGAGGUCUGUUUUCAUGCAUUUUCCCUGCUUGUGUUUAUUGUAGAACAACACUGUUAACUUAAAAUGGUAACCUCAAAAUUCAGGUUGUACCGAUGUAAAAGAUUUGCACCAUCACUGUCUCUUUUGAAUUGGUUUUAUAGAAUGAUUUGCAGAUUUGCACGUCACACUACAUCAUAAACAUUCAGAGUCAAUCAACUGACAAUAAUAUGUUAUUACUUAUUUUUUGUUUCAAUCCAUAUGCUGUACACUGUCAACAUUUGCCUGCACAGAGAGUUAGCUGAAUUUAACAUUUGCAUACAACACUGAAUUGUAUUGUAAUCUGAGAUCAUAAACACAAGAACACAGGAAAUUUUGUGUAAUUUUUGUCUUCAUAAAUAAACGUUUACUGUUUUUUA